AUGUUCUCGACUUCGAGCAAGCCAUACUCGGCUAUCACAGUCCAAAUCAAUCGUUUGACGAGCGAACACUAUGAAGCGGAUGAUAUGAGCGGGAUCGUAGACCUGAUCGAGGUCAUAAGAUUGCAAACCGGUGGUCCAACCGAAGCGGCACGAGCGAUACGAAAGAAGCUUAAAUAUGGCAGCGUUGAUCAACAACUACGAGCUCUCACGGUCCUGGAUGGUCUCAUCGAAAAUGCUGGUCCCCGCUUUCAGCGAGCUUUCGCAGACGAACCAUUAUUAGAGCGCCUUCGUGUUUGUGCCACAGACUCCUUGUCGGACUCAGAGGUCAAGAUGAAGUGCCAAGUAUUGUUCAGACAGUGGGCCGUGGCCUACCAAUCCACCCAAGGCAUGGAGCGCAUCGUAGCUCUCCAGAAGCAGCUUCCGAAGAGGAAAAAGCCAGUCACCCAGGCACAGUCGAAAGUACUGCAAGAGACCGAACGAGAAGCAAACGAAGACCCUUUCGGCAGCACUGAAGACGAAUCCAUGUCUGGCGAGUCAAGCUCAAUAGCUUCACCAAGCCUGACUCCCAGAAGUAACGCUGCCGCAAGCAUCACGCCAACACCUAAAUACCACCCCAAGAAAUUGAAGCUUGACAAGCACAGCAAAAGAUCGAGAUCAAGAACCUUCAAUCUUGAGAAGGAGAAGCCGCAACUCCUUCAAGCCAUUGCUUCCGCCUCUGUUGCAAGCACCAACCUCAUGAAUGCCCUCAAGCUCCUGAACAGGGAAAAGCUUCGUGUUAGCGAACACGCCGAGACUGUGAACCGCUUCGAAACAUGUAAAGGGCUGCGGCGACAGAUAUUGCGGUACAUACAGCAUGUGGAAAGCGAACAGUGGCUUGGUAGCCUGAUCAAUGCUAACGAUAGCCUCGUCGAGGCUUUGAUGGCAUAUGAGAUUCUCGACAAGAGCGUCGACGACGAUAGCGACAGCGAAGGGCAAGAGUGGAGCGACGACGAGCCAACAGCGAAACCUACCGGGUCGGAGCCAGACAAACAGAAAGAUACACAAGAAGCGUUUUCAAAGCUCAACAUUGGUAAAAAGCCCAACCAGCCCCAUCCGACGAUGCUUUUAAACGGGCAAGGUGGGAUACGGCAUGCUGAGGAUGACGAUUCUGAGGAAGAGGAAGAAGAUGAUCCUUUUGCAGACAGUAAUGCCGUGCACACGCCAAAGGCUGAACGGCCUGGCAUGACUUGGCGAGAGGUAUAG